AUGAAGUUCUUCUAUUUUAUUUUUCACCUCUUAAUAUUGCAACAUGUUUAUUCAAAUAGUAUCAUUAAUUGCCAAUUAGGAGAAAAUUGCUUGGAAGAAGAAGUGAAGAAAUCAGAAUUUCCAGAUGGUUUUCUAUUUGGAACUUCAACUUCUGCAUAUCAAAUUGAAGGAGGAUAUAUUGAAGAUGGAAAAAGUCUUAGCAAUUGGGAUGUUUAUUCUCAUACAAAUGGUAGCAUAAAAAAUGGAGGAAAUGGAGAUAUAGCUGAUGAUCAUUACCAUCGUUACCUGGAAGACAUUGACAUAAUGGAGUCUCUUGGAGUAAAUGCCUAUCGAUUUUCCAUUUCUUGGAGUAGAGUUCUACCUAAUGGGAGCUCCGGACCCAUGAAUCCUGCUGGAAUAAAGUUUUACAAUAAUAUCAUUGAUAAUCUCUUACUCAAAGGAAUAACACCAUUUGUGACAAUCCAUCACAAUGACUAUCCUCAAGAACUUGAAGAAAGAUAUGGGGCAUGGCUUAGUCCUUUCAUGCAGGAAGAAUUUGUGCACUUUGCAUCAAUAUGUUUUAAGAAUUUUGGGAAUAGAGUGAAGUAUUGGGCUACUAUAAAUGAGCCCAAUUUAUUUUCAGAACUAGCUUAUAUGAAGGGAAUAUUUCCACCAGUCCAUUGUUCUCCCCCUUUUGGAAAAUGUUCUUAUGGUAAUUCAGAUAUUGAACCUUUACUUGUUGUCCACAACUCAAUUUUGGCUCAUGCCAAGGCUGUCAAAAUUUAUCGUGACCAAUUUCAGGUGGAACAACGAGGAAUGAUAGGAAUGGUUGCGAGCGCGUAUAUGUACAGGCCAAUGACAGAUGAUGAAGUUGACAAGAAGGCCGCAACUAGAGCUUUGACGUUUCAUGUGGCAUGGUACGUAUGUAUGACUUGA